AUGAUUGCCCCAAAUCUACUGUUAAAUCCCGGUGCCGAAGCUGGAUCUAUUGUUGGUUGGAAUCAAACUAGUCCUUCGAUUGUCAUUGUUGAUUCAAAUGGAGCAUUCAAUAGCGGUUAUUAUCCACAUAGUGGAUCUUAUUGUUUUGCUGGCGGACAUGAAAUAAAUGAUUCACCAUCAGGAUUAAUUCAAAAUGUUAAACUUCUUCGUGGUGUUCAAGGUUUCACGGAAAGUCAACUUGACUCACAUUUUCUCAGAGCGGAACUCGUUUUUUAUUAUCAAACUUGGGACAGUUUUUUUAUGCGUCAUGAUCAAGUGGAAGUUAGUUUGACAUUUCUAUCAUCUUCAUCCUCUAUAUUGAACACAGCAACUACAGGAGAACUUGCUUGCAAGACAUCAAAUCCAGGAUGGUGUCGUUAUAUCAGGGCGUUUCCGUUACCAAGGGGUACACGAAGCAUUGAUUAUAAAAUUAAAUUCAUUCGAAAAGACCUGGGAGGCUCAAACAUCGAUUCCUAUAUUGAUGAUAAUUCAUUGAGAAUCCUAUAA